AUGGCUGACCCAGAAGAGCAUGAAACAGGAGUGAGUGGUCUCAGCCUUGGCCUCGUUUGUGAUGCUGCUCCAAAUGGUGGCCCCCAUGGAACACAGAAGGCCUUGGAGACCUGCGUGCACAGGCUGCUGUUGCUCCCCGUCUUCCYAUUGGCUCUGGUGUUUACCAUCAAGGGCAAAGGUAAUGUGGGAACUGGGGAUUCUACUGUGCCACUGCUUCCUAUAAAACACAACAUGAAUAUUGAACCUUGGGAUGAAAAGGGAUCAGUGGUUGGCUCCACCAACCAAAUCCAACAGCCUCAGCCAUUAAUUCAAUUGCUAACAUUGGUGCAAUGCCAGCUGCCUCAGUCACCACAACCACAGCAACAACAAGGACCUCARCCACAGGCCCAGCCACACCAAAUGCAGCCCCAGCCACAGAAGCUGCACAGUCUCUGGGAAGCUCCUUGGAACAGGGGAGCAGGCUCCAGCAAGAACAAUGGAAUGGGCCAUGAAAACUUUGGUUUAGGGGUUGUACCUGACAGCGCUUCACCUUCUAGCAUAGAAGCACAUCCAGUGCUGGAAAAGCUAAAGGUCUUAAACAACUACAAUCCCAAAGACUUUGACUGGACUCUGAAGGAUGGACAUGUGUUUAUCAUUGAAAGCUACUCUGGGGAUGACAUACAUCAUUCCAUCAAGUACUCUAUCUGGCGUAGUCCUGAGCAUAGUAAUAAGCAUUUAGAUGCAGGUCACCAUUCCCUGAAUGGGAAAGGCCCACUCCAUCUAUUCUUUAGUGUGAAUGGCCAGGGAUAUUUUUGUGCAGUGGCUGAAAUGAAGUCCCUUGUGGACUAUAAUGCAUAUGCUAGUGUGUGGUCUCAGAAUAAACGGAAGGGCAAAUUUGAAGUUAACUGGAUCUUUGUCAAAGAUGUUCCCGAUAAUCAAUUAAGACCCAUUCACUUCAAGAACAAUGACAACGAAUUAGUAACCAAUUCAAGGGACACUUAAGAGGUACCCCUAAGGGUACCCCUAAGCUUAAUUGCUACUUUUAAGCAUACCCGCUCAAUCUUUGAUGACUUUUUGCACAUUAUGAAUUAA